AUGGUGCUUCCUGCGGCCACACUGAAUGACCCACGGGGGCAGGAAGUGGAUGAGACGAGCCUGAGCAAGGGCCACCUGGAUUGGCUUCUGCAGGUCAUCAAGAGCGCCCCACUGGCGCUGGCAUCUGAGCUUUCACACCACCGCGCGCUUUUCCCUCUGGCUAUAGCUCAGAUGACCUUGCUGGCUGAUCAGCCUCUGCUGUCCACCAACAUGUCCGCAGUGGCCAACGAAUUCGGCUUUGCCGGGGCGGAGAAGGACGAGAAGCUGGGGGGCAUAGUUAGCGUUGUGUUUUUUGCCUGCGGGGUGGUUUCCUCACUCAUCGUGGGCCGCCUUGCGGACGUCAUGAAGCGCUCGACCCUGGUCUGCCUUUGCAUGCUGAUUGGCUCUACAGGCACCUUCAGCAACUCCCAAGCCGAAAGCUUCACUUCUUUGCUCUUCGGACGCGCUGCCGUGGGCGCGGCUGUGGGUGGCCUCAUCCCGACGAGCUUCGCCGUCAUCGGCGACAUGUGUCCGGCAGAGGAGAGGCCUCAUGCAAUCGGCGUGGUCUGCAUUAUCUCCGGCCUGGGUCUUCCAGUGGGCCAAUCUUUGGCCGGUUUCGCUGGGUCCGCUUCAGGUUGGCGUGCUCCGUUUGCUGUGGUCGGGAUCGCUGGAUGGUGUGUCACGCUUUUACUGUUCUUCAUUCAUGAAGAGCCUGCCAGAUCCAACGACCAACACCUCAGCCAUGACGUUUCAUCCUGGUCUGCACUCACCAAGCCAACCGUCCUUUGCAUUUGUUCGCAGGGGGUUUUUGGAUGCAUACCCUGGGCCGUCAUUGGCACCUUCCUCACGGACUAUCUGGCUGUGAAUGAUGGCAUGGGCGUGGCAGGGGCCACCAGUGUGCUGUUCUGCAUGGGUGUUGGAUUUAUCAUUGGCACCAUUGCUGGAGGCAAGCUAGGCCAGCAUUUGUACAAGAAGGACAAGAAGCUGCAGGCGUGGCUGACAGGUCUCACCAUGUGGGGCGGAAUGCUGCCGCUAUUUGUCCUGUUCUCUACUGACCGGCCGGACUGGCCUUUCAUGUUUCACAUCCUGGCGCUGGUGGGUGUGUUCUUUGCUGCCUUUUCCCCCGUGAACCUCAAG